GGCAGAUGGAGCCUGAGAACCGGAGUGACAGCGGGCAGCGCACCUUGCCAGCGGAGAACGGACAGGCAGGGGGAUGGACAAUGGAGUCCAAGGGGCCCACUUUAGAGAAGAAAGGCCCAUAUCUGAUGGGCAAAGGUCCAACACUCCAGGCCAAGCUGCAAAGACAACGAGAUCUGGCACGAGCAGCACUUAGGAAAAAAGGCAUGCUGGGAGGAGUAGCAAAAGUCAAGUCUGCAUCUAAAAGCAGGUCAGUAAAGUUUAACAAAGGAUAUGCAGCCCUGAGCCAGGCAUCUGAUGAAACGUUGGUUUCUCUGGAUUCAGACAGUGACGCUGAAUUGGAGUCUAGAUGUUCCUCUGGAUAUUCCUCAGCAGAGCAGGUCUCACAAGAUCUUAACAGACAGCUUCUCCAGGAUGGGUAUCGUUUAGAUGAAAUUCCAGAUGAUGAGGAUCUGGAUUUAAUACCUCCAAAGCCUGAUCGCUCUUUGUCUUGUUCAUGUUGCUACGGGGAGUCUUGGUCCUGCUGCAUUCAGUGA